AGUGAACAAUCUCGUAUGUGUAUGAGAAAAGCUCCGCGAAAAUCGGAAAAGUGAAAAACGAAUUGAGUCAACAACUCUCGCCUCUGUUUAAAAUGGAUUUUUAUAUAUUUUCAAAAGAGAAUACCAUUUUUUGCUGAUCAAUUGGAACUUCAUUGUGUGAUAUUAUCAUCAUCUAACUGAACUGAAGAAGCAAAAAAAUACAGAAACAGAAAAAUAACAACAACAAAUGCAUUUACAGGAAAGCCAUAGAAAUGACGAAAAUGUCGCUGAUCCACAUAAGAUCCAUAAAGCUCAAGCUAAAGGCAUACGACUACACGAAAUCCAAGCGCAUCCACAGCGGACCUACAUUGAUGAUAGUCCCAAAUAUAUAGAACGAUUGCAGCCACCGCCCCCAUCGAAGCCGCCGCCGACGCUAGAGCCAGCGUUAUUUUUUCAAACUCUUCGCACCGGAGGUGCAGCCGUUGGUGACUCAUCGGAAGAUCGUAAAUUUCCGUAUGCAAAUGCGCUGCAGAGAUCUGCCACAUUGCCAGCGAAACACAAUCGGUUAGGUGCACGAAGUCGCGUCACCUUUAAGGUACCACAACCAGCCGCUCCAACAGCACCUCAAUUGGAAAGCAGUAACAACGUCGCAUUGCCAAAGGAAGCGAACAAAAUGACAUCGGAGGAUCUCUUGCAGCCAGGACAUGUGGUUAAGGAGCGCUGGAAGGUUGUGCGCAAAAUUGGUGGCGGCGGUUUCGGUGAGAUUUAUGAGGGCCAAGAUCUUAUUACCCGCGAACAAGUUGCGCUUAAGGUGGAGUCCGCCCGUCAACCCAAACAGGUACUCAAAAUGGAGGUAGCCGUGCUGAAGAAGCUGCAGGGCAAGGAGCACGUUUGCCGCUUCAUUGGCUGUGGACGAAAUGAUCGAUUCAACUAUGUGGUCAUGCAACUCCAGGGUAAAAACUUAGCUGAACUGAGACGAGCCCAGCCAAGGGGCGCCUUUUCUCUCAGUACAACCCUGCGGCUUGGCUUACAGAUCCUCAAAGCCAUUGAAUCCAUACAUUCGGUUGGCUUUCUACAUCGCGACAUCAAACCGAGCAACUUUUCUGUGGGGCGUUUGCCCUAUAAUUGCCGACGCGUCUAUAUGCUCGACUUUGGGCUGGCUCGGCAAUAUACGACGGGCACCGGCGAGGUUCGCUGUCCUCGAGCAGCGGCUGGAUUUCGUGGAACUGUGCGCUAUGCAUCGAUAAAUGCGCAUCGCAAUAGGGAAAUGGGUCGACAUGACGAUCUGUGGUCAUUAUUUUAUAUGCUCGUUGAAUUCGUCAAUGGGCAGUUGCCAUGGAGAAAGAUCAAAGACAAGGAACAAGUUGGAUUGACCAAGGAAAAAUAUGAUCAUAGAAUAUUAUUAAAACAUCUACCGUCUGACCUCAAGCAAUUCCUGGAACACAUACAAUCACUCACGUACGCUGAUCGACCGGACUAUGCGAUGUUGAUUGGUCUAUUCGAGCGGUGUAUGAAGCGACGUGGCGUUAAAGAAGCUGACCCGUACGAUUGGGAGAAAGUAGAUACAGCCGCUGUUGGCAACAUCAGUGCAUCGGCAAAUGCAACUUUAACUCCAGCUAAAAACGAGUAUAUGCAUGGAAAUGUGACCCAAAUGACGGUGGCUGCAUCCAAUGCCAGUGGCACAGAAUAUGUGCGCAAGAGAAACGAUAUAGACACUGCUCAGAUGGCCUCAACAGAACCUCUGCAUAUAAAGGAAAAGGUUGAUAAAAAUUGCAAUGCAACAAUAAUACCACAAGCCUCAGGGGAUUGCGUUGUGCAAAACGUAAGCUUAGGACCUCAAAAUACAUUACCAAAGCAGCAGCAACAGCCGCAGCAACAGCAGCAACAGCAGCAACAGCAGCAGCAGCAACAGCAGCAACAGCAGCAGCAACAACAACUUGUACUGGUUUCGAAUACAUCGAUAGCUCCACCCAAUCUUCCUAGUGCACUGAUUAAAUCCUCGACUGUAAGCAUUGUGAAUCAUGAGGUGCAGUUGAAGUCUUCGCAUGGAAAACGUUGUCAGCCUCAGACAGUCUCUGGUUCAUAUGCCACAACCAAUCAAAAUAAUUCGGCGCCUGUUUAUUAUCCAGAAAGUAAAACUGUGCCAGCUCAAGGGCUGCCGAAUCUAGUGAAAACCAUUGAUGGCAAAGUUCAUGUGGAAGCAGGUGACAAGAAUAGUCGCUACAUCAGCGUGGAAGGCGGCAAUAGCAGAUCCCUAGGUGGAGAGAUGCAGCAGCCGAAGCAAUCGACUAAGAUCACAAAAGUGGAAACCCUUGAAGGUUCGAGCCACAAUCAAUUAUCAGCUGACAAGAGCUGUGAAAGCAAACGCUGCUCGCACGCAAACAGUGUGAAUCUGGUCGAACAGAAGUCAACCUAUGGUCGUCUACGAGUGCUGGCUGCUCCAACGCCAGCACUGACUGAUCAAGAGAACCUGAAUCAAAAUCAGAGUCAGGAUUUCAAUGGCAUCUUGAAUCAUAAUAACAAGAGCCUCAUCUGUCAGCGUGAACAAAUCUUUGGCAUAUCGCCAAUAAAUCGUCGCUCGGCAACCUCAACCAAUCUACGUCUAUCGUCGUCUAUAGGGCUGCCUUCGUCAAACCAGCGGGCAGCAGCAAUCGGCAUUAUCGCAGCGAAAACUAAUGCAACAACAACGGCAACGGCCACGGCAACGGCAACGGCAGCAUCAACGGCUGCUGGUGAUCAUUCAGUAACACAAUUUGCAUUAAUCGAUGAUGAGAAUGUUUCGGCACUGCAACAGGUAACCAAAGGUGGCGGUGCUCUAACGCUCGCUUCCCAAUGGAAGAGCCAAUUUGACGACUCAGAGGAUACAACCGACAACGAAUGGAAGCAGGAGCCACAGUCACAACCAAAUUUGGAUCGAUUUGCUAAAGCGGACGUAUCUUUGCCGUUAAUACACAGAAACUCUAACUUAGCCGUAACCUGUAACGGCAAUUCAAAAGCAAAACCAUCCGACAAUGCAAAGGUUAAGAGAUACACACUUAACAUAGCUGGAAUCGAAAACUAUGAGACUUUGCAAAUGUCGAUACCGCACUGCUGGUCAGAGCCUGCAAUGGGUAAUGUAUUACGAAAAGAUCUAGAGCCACCUGCUGUGCAACAAGCGGCCUUCGAUGACACUGUGUAUCGUAUGGAUAUAGCACGAAAUGUUUGCGUUCGGGAAUCUCAGUCGGAAAUUGCACCGAAGGCAAACUCAAACCACUUUCCCACAAUUAUUGCAACGUACAAGGAUGCUGCCAUUGAUAUGCAAUCAAGGAACUCGAAUGAGAGUCAGUCACUGUGCAAGCAUCGCAAUAGCCUGCCCAACGUUUGCCUCAUAGAUAUGUUCGAUGAGAAGCCAAACCUGAAUGCAAAUACGCCUAAUGAGCUGCAGGAAGCGGCAGUCGCACCUGUGGCAGCAGCAGUGCCUUGGUGUGUUAAGACAACAUUUUGCCAGAGAAGCAACCUACCUACAGAUCUAAUAUCAUCCGAUGUGCAAGGUCAGCAGCAUGGAAAUCGAGUUGCUAAUUUCAUGGAUGCUGCUACCCAAAGCAACGAUGGCUGUGUUAGUGGGCGACUUGAAAUUCGUGUCAUUCCGAAAGAAAACUCGCAUAUGGAGGAGUCUAUCUACUAUGAUGCCUUAGCAGCUAGCAGUAUGAAAAGUUACAAGUCGUUAAAACAGGAAGCAACUGGUGAUAUGCACGAUAUGCAUUUGGAUGAUAAGAUCUUAGCUAACUGUGAUGAAAUUACAAUUGGUCAAGAGUCGAAAGCUUAUGGCAAAUUGAAUGGCAUACCUCCAGAGUGCCUGAUUUGUCCAUCUACGGAUACAGCUACAGCUCCUCAGGUUCAAUCCAUUGAUCCACAAUCCAAAUCACUUGAAAAUCCUAUCUUACAUAUGACCGCUGAUGUAUGUGAUGGCUGUGAAUUGGCUAUGUUGAGUACACCCAGUAAGAUUCCUGUACUCACUUCCAAUUUGCGACAAGCUAAAUGUGCGUCUUGGGCUGGUGCUGCCACAACAACAGCAGCAGCAGCAGCAGCAGCAGCAGCAGUUGCAGCAACAACGGCAACAACACUUGGGUCCCAGAUUCAUCCACAAAUUGAUAAUAUACAAAAAUCCAAUACUGUGGACCUUAUUAAUAGCCCAAGCCGAACUCAACUUUACUCGAAUGCUUUACAAAACUCUUCAAAUAUUAUGGACUUGACACCAGGUUUGCGUCGCCGUCGUGAAUCAACAGAAGGAAAGUACGUGACUGAUCCCACGCAAUUAAAUCUACGAUUUCAACGACUACAAACUCGGAUAUCUAGUAGAUCUCGUGAGGUUUCUGCAACAGCAGAAGCAACAACCAUGGUGGGCAAUUUCGAUGAUCAGUCUCCAGCAGUAGAUAUAAUUAAUAACGAUGAUGGUGUCAGGAAAUUAUGUAAAGACAAUACGACGUGUAAGACGAUAGCUAACUCACGAAUCGAUAACACUAAUAGUACGGCAAGGAAUCAAAAUAUUAUCGAAUCGUCAUCGGCAUCCCCCCCAACCACACCAAGGAAUGAUAUUUCGCCCCCACCGGGUGAUCCAAAAAUAGAAAAUAGUGCACGCCUUCGUCGGUACCGGCAUAAUAUAGAAUAAUUUAAAAAGCUUUUUCAUUAAUGAAAGCAAUAAUAGUAUCCGAUGCAUGGUAAUGG